AUGGCGGAGAAGGGGUUUCUGGUGGAUGCGGUGGCCGAGUUCGUGAAUGGCACUGUGUGGCGUGAUGCAGUGACGCAUUUCCUCGAGACGCACUAUAAGCGAUUUCUAACGGAUCCGACACCAGAGAGCAAAGUAAAUGGCUACACAUUGGAGCAGUAUGACUCGUUCAUGGCGUUCAAGGACCGCGUCGAGCGGAUGUUGGAAGGUGUCGUGAGUGAGUUAGGCUGCUCUGGGGAGGACCUGGUUGAGGCUAUUCAAGAAAACUUAAAGUACAAGUCGGCGCUAUCGACUGAGAAGAGAUUUUGUAUCCAAACACUACUCACAUUCGACGACUAUGACGCCUUCUACUCGAGAAUUCGUGAGUACGCAGCCGAGAAACAAGCUGUUGGAUACGAUGAGACCGUAACCGGGAACGCUGAGAUCUCCGAGUGGGCAUUACAGGAGGCAAUCGCAAGAUCACUUCUGGAAGCUCACGCAAGGGGUCAGCUGGAUGAAGCAGAGGCGAGCUGGCUCCCAUGGGCACAAGCUUUCGUACAAAUGAGUGAGGCAACUGCACCAAGUGUCGGUGGUGAAGAAUCAACAGUGGAAGCUAAGGAAAGUGAAGCGAGAGCGGAGACGAAAGAUACUGCUGAGGAUGAGCCAGAAGAAAAAGAAGAUAUUCGUAUGCAAGAACUGGAGAAAACCUUGAUCCGAGAGAGGUUCAAAGUGGACCUCCUCGUUGCGCAGCGAAUUGCCGACGCUAAUGCUCAGAUGAAGAAACAGAUGCUGAACCUUGCCGCGGCAGUGGUGAAUCAAGACGAGCAAGUCGAAGAUGUAGCUAUAUCAGCAGAAGAAGAGCUCGCUGGGCUCUUCAAGCAUAUUGAGACUAUCGGUGAUCGUCUGAAAGACGUGAAAGCGCGGUGCUUCAUAUUCGAAAGUGUCACGCAGCAGCAAAUGGAUACCAUUUAUCUCUAUCUUAAAGAAAAAGUUCAUUACAAGCAAGAUCUCGUCUCACAAGAGAAGGAAAUAGCAACUUUCAUCUUCACGCAGGUACAAGAGAAGGACGAAUCUUUAAUUCCUUUGAUGCUGGAAUGGCUAUUACUCGAGUCGGAACAGCUUCGAACGCAAAAUCAAAUCCAGGAACACCUCGCUGGUCCACGCGACGAAGGGUACUGGACGCAAGUAUGGGAUGAAGCCUCUCAAGCGUUUUACUAUGUCAACUCGGAGUCUCAGGAGAGUGUUUGGGAACCUCCAGCUGCUGGUUUCUACGAUAUCAACAAUGAGUUCCAAGUUCCUGGAUUAGAAAUCGAAAACGCAACACCCGUUAAUGAUGGACUGGAUUCGAAUGCUGAGGCAAAGGAGAAAGAUGUAUCAUAUACAGAUGGAUCUUACAAUUCCGAGACUCUUACAGAAAUUCCGAGCUUGGAGCAAGCGUCAUCUCAGCUGGAUGCUACGUUUGAGUUGACUAUCGGGCCAGACGCAACAGAAAUGGUGGAGAUGGAUAACGUGUUGGAGCGCAUUUCUCGCGAGCACGACCAAGAGCGUAAGAGGUUGGAACUCGUUUUCGAGCUGGAGAAGGCACGUCAAAAAGAGGAGUUGCGUAAACGUAAAGAGAAGAAACGUCGAGAGAAAUUGGCCAAGAAGCAAAGACAAAAGGAGGCAGAAUUCCAAAACGAAGCUCCUAAAGAGGAUGGAGAGGCUUCAGCUCAGCCUUUGCCUGCGCCAAUGUCUUCACGUGUUGCUGAGGCGAAAACUGAGGACAAUUCUCAUCUGGGUAUCAACGUUCCUGGCCAUGGCCGGAUCGACUUGACUCACUUACUCAGUGAUACACACGCCACUCGCCAUCGUCAAUUAAAGGGAAUCACACCGACUCACGAGCGAGUCAUGCUUAACCCGGCAACGCUACGCUACCUCACUGAGCAAAUGGUGAUGAAGCAGCCUGAGGUCUUAGGACAGCAAGUACGGAAUGAGAUUGUGCUAGAAGAAGCGGAUGAAAAGUAA